AUGGCAGCUACCUUAACACCAAAGAAGAGUUCGACUAGUUGAACUCGAAAGCUCGAGGCCCAGGCGACGCGACGCGGCCACGCCCACGUCCUUCCAUGGCGACCGCUCUCCCCGCCUCCGCCUCCGCCGCUUGCCUUCUCCAGCUCUCCCGGCGCGGUCUCCCUGGAACAUCUUCUGUGCUCUCCCCGCUUCGCACCGCCACUUUCCGCUGGCACGGUGCCUGUAACGUGGCCUGUUCAUGCUCUCCCGGCCCCCGGCCGGCGGUUCCCGCGGAGCGAAGGGACGGCGUCGCUGGCCAUGCCACUUCUCCAGAGGGAACUGUACGAAUCGUCGCCGUGGUUGGAGAAGGUAGCAUCAGCCCGAUUAAGGACGCGCCCUGGGAAGAGGUCAUGCGCCACACGGCUGAUAGGCUGAAGUGGGUCGAUGAAGGAUUUGAAAUGCUUGUCUUCACGGAUAAUUUGGUUGGUCAUGAUAACCUCAGGAAAGAGUUACUAUCACACUGUGAUAUGCUAGUCAAUGUUGCAAUAACAAAUCAGGAUGCUGUUCAGUGGCUUAUAAACAACAGCAAACACAUUUCUAAUGUAAUUUGCUUUCAGUCAUCUCCGUCUUUAGUAAACAAACUAGGUGGCACAUAUGUUCAGUACACUGGAGAGCAGGACAUGUUUGGGAAGCUAACAAGUAUUGGAAAACCAAGUGGCAUAGAGGAAUCAACUGAAGUUAUGAAGACCAUAUCUAAUGCUUGGGAAAGACACAAUUCAGAUGACAUUAGAUUUUGCUUGCUUGUUGUUGUAAAUGCAUACAUAAGACCGGUUGCUAUGCUGAAAAAUCUAAGGGCAAAAGGCCUUUCUACCCUAACUUGCAUGAUAAAGAACUGUGGUCCUCAGAUACUCAAUUGUCUGUUUGACCCUAACUGUAGGAAGGCCCUUCAGUGUUUGAAUUCCUGUUCUCCAACUGAUCAAGUCUGCAACUAUCGUUGCAUUGCAUCAUAUGAAAGUCCAUAUCUGGAGGCUUUUUCCCUCUGUGUUUUGCAGAAGAACAAUUGCCUUGACCUCAAUGCUGAGAUACCCAGUAAACCGAAUGUAAUGCCACUAACCAUGUUCAGAGAACAAAAACUAAGCCAUGAAAUAGCGGAAGAUCUUUUUGUUGGUUGGUUGGACAGCAUGGAAUGGAGUUGGCGAGUGGCAGCUGGACAAAAUCCAGCAUAUGAUCAAUUCCCAUGUCAGUACCAGUUAUUUUACAGAGGGAAAGCUAAAGGUUCAUUUUGGUAUGAGCCGGUUUUUCAGGUCAAAACCCUGGAAGGGGAGCUGGUUUGGAGGCGCAGGAGGUAUCGUGUGAGAAGGGCUAGCACUCCUGGUACAUUUUACUUCAGUGUGUUGGAUAAUGGUGUCAUUUCCAAAGAAUAUUGGACAAUUGUUGACGUUGCGGAGGAUUUCAGCUGGGGUCUGUUCCAUUAUCAUGGCGCAGCACAAGCUGCUGGGCUAUCAUACACUGGAGCAGUGCUUGUUACUCCAGAUGGGUCUUAUCCUGACCUGGAAGACCCAAGAUUGGCCUCUGCUUUAGAGAACUGUGCUAUAAAGAAAUGGGAGCUCUAUACAGUCGAUAACUGCUCCUGCAUGGGUGCACCACUGGGAACUCCUGAGGGUUCAAAGCUGCACCAUCAAAUUUCUCCAGGAAAAGAAAGUAGUGUUUUGCAGAGAAGAUGAUAAUCUGUAAUAUGUUAAAGUGACUCCCAAAUGAUUAUGUCGUACGUACAAAGAUGUACAGCCAAGUGGACAUGUAUUGCUGAAGAGAGCUCAUAUGUAACCUGCAGGUAUAUUUUCUUCUUUUGAAUAUACGUGUAACCUAAUUCCUACCUUUUGUGGCUGCCAUCAGGGUUUGAUGAUUAAGAAAUAAAAAGUUUGAAUACAAGAUCGUCACUU